UAAAGACUCAGUGUGUGUGUGUAUGUGUGUGUGUUUGUUUGUUUGUGUGUGUGAGAGAGAGAAUGAGAAAGUGUGUGUGUGUGUGAAUGAGAGAGGGUGUAUGAAAUGCAUUUGUGAGCUUGCUCAUGUUUGUGAGAAAGAGAAUUGUAAUAAGUUGCCUUAGAACAAGCAUUUAGGUUUAGGGUUGUAGUUCUAGAAAUACAUAUCUAGAUAGAGAUAAGUUGCUGUAUUGGUUGUAAAAUGAAGUUGACAUUUUCUGCUAUUGAUUGGUGUAAUUGACCCUAGCCAUACUGACUAAAAAGAGUAUACCGGAUUGUCAUAACCCUUUUUCUUCUUAGUCAGCAUGGCUAGAUUGAUUUUGGAAUUAAAUACUUUUUUUUCUUUACAGCCAGUGGGCCAUAGUUACAUCACAUUUUUAUCUCUGUGCAGAAUUUGCUGAUUAUUUUCAAAAUCAAUGCAACAAAAAUAAACUCUUUCUUUAAAUGAUACCAUAAAAUAUGAGUUUUUCCUUUAGUCUUUUUUAACCUGUUCUCUAUGUUUUAUGGUACUCUACAGCAUCCAAAGAGCAUGUGCAGACCAGCUGGUUGGAGUGUUUCUGGACAUAUUCAACCUCUCUUUCCCAGACUGUUGUCCUCACUUGCUUCAAAAUGUCCAUCAUUGUUCCUGUACCCCAAAAAGCUAGAUCCACGGACGACGCAAUCGCCAUUGCACACUGCCCUAUCCCACCUGGAAAAGAGGAAUACCUAUGUAAGAAUGCUGUUCAUCAACUACAGCUCAGCCUUCAAAGCCAUAGUGCCCUCCAAGCUCAUCACAAAGCUCUGAACCCCCCUGCAACUGUGUCCUAGACUUCCUGACGAGCUGACCCAGAUGAUGAAGGUCCGAGUCAACACUGGGUCAUCAGAGAUGCUGAGCCAAAAAAUCAAGAACUUGCAAGCUCCUGAUUUAAAAACGAAAUUAAUACUUUGUUUAAUUUCCUAUCCUUUUUGUUUGUCAAUCCCAAACAUUUAAUUUAGGACUAUUUCUGCUGAAUAAACCUGCCAACAUAUUCAAGUUCACCUGUUUCAACCGUCUCAAUGGCAUUUUUAAUGAAAAAGAAGAGGUUCAAGUUUCAAAUCUAUUUUACAUUGGACGAGCUCACGGCCGUACCGUUUGUCAAUGGGGUACUUUUUUGCAAGAUCCGAUUGUUGGACGGUGGGGACUUUGCCGUCUCAUCAUCCAGGGAGGAGGUCCAACAGAACUGUGUUCGUUGGAAGAAGAAGUUCUCCUUCAUCUGUAAGAUGAGUGCCAGUCCCACCACUGGAGUCCUGGACCCCUGCAUCUGCAGGGUCUCUGUACGCAAGGAGCUCAAAGGAGGAAAGACGUUUUCAAAGCUGGGCUUUGCUGACCUCAACAUGGCAGAGUUUGCUGGCUCAGGCUCCACUGUGCGCUGCUGUAUCCUCGAGGGCUACGACACUAAGAACACUCGUCAGGACAACUCCAUUCUCAAGGUUACUAUUGGAAUUACACUUUUGUCGGGGGAUCCUUGCUUCAAAACGCCCCCCAGCACAGCCAAGUCCAUCUCGAUCCCGGGCCAGGACCCCUCCCUGCAGCUGGACUGUAAAGGCGAGGGCACCGAUGCCAACUCAAACCCUCCCCCAGGGGGCGUCAUCAGGACAUCAUCAGGACGGCCCCUCAAACCCAGACUCCCCUCAGCUCCCCUCAACUCUGGUCUACCCGAGCAGUUGGAGCAGAGCCUGCCCAGCCCAGAUGAGGUCUUCCACAUAGGACACUCCCGGAACUCCAGCUAUGCCAGCCAGCAGAGCAAGAUAUCAGGGUACAGUACGGAGCACUCUCGCUCCUCCAGCCUAACAGACCUUACACACCGGCGUAACACCUCCACAAGCAGUAGCACUUCUGGGGGCCUGGCCACCCCCACCCAGACCCCCCACGCACAUGCACACGCCCUCGCCAACCCCCACCCUCUUGCAGCAGACCCCCAGACAACCGGAGAGCCUGGCACCAAGUGUGAGAGACCCCCGCGGCCACCGCGGCCCAUCCUGCUCUCCAACAGACCCUCUAGGAGGAAGAAGGACACGGUUGAGAGUCAACCCACCUGGGUGGAUGAUACGCGCAUCGACGCCGACGACAUCGUGGACAAGAUUAUCCAGAGCCAGAACUUUGCAGAUGUCAGCAGCCAUGAAGAAGACAGCAACCUCAGAUUGUUUGUCAGCAAAGAUGGGACUACAGCCCUAAGUGGGUUACAACUGGGGAACAAGGUGACUGCUGGCGUCUUUGAGCCAGUGGUGAUCGAGAGCCACUAGCGAUGAGUGUGUGUGUGAGUGUGUGUGUGUUCACACACAAGUGUUCACACACUUGUCCUGAGUUACACCACUUCAACAAACACCACUAAACUACAUAUGUAACCAUUUCAUGAGAUAUUGACGGUGAUGGUGGUGGGAGGUGUAAUUUAUGAAUAAUCCAUUCAUGUAGAAAAGUUUUUAUAUUCAUGCUUUCAUCUGGGGGACCAUAAGUGUAAAGUGUGCCAACUACUUGAUAGAGAGAGAAAUGGGAAAACAUUGCACCGUGGGAGUUGUAGUGAAACACUGAAAAUCAGGAAAAAGCUUGCCACACAAGUUGCGUUGGAGGCAAAUGUGGCUGCCUCAAAAAGUUGGAAUGUUAUGAUUUACCCUGUUUGUAUCAUUUUUGAACAAUGUUUGUGUAUGAUAAUGGUUGGGGAUACAUUUAGUUAUUCAAAUAACAAAUAUACAUUCAAAUGAGGGGAGAUUACAUUAUCAAAGAAGGACUUGGUUACAAACUACUAAAUAGAGAAAUUGAACAGGCCAUUUGAACUAGGCUUGAAUGGGUGGUUUUCAAUGUGAAAUGUUCUAUAUUUGAUGACCCCUUGCAAUCCCCCGAUUUCAGAAACCGUACCAGACCUGGGGUCAAAAUGACGGUAUAGCCCAAAGAACCUAUGUUAUAGAAUAAAAUUAUAUAUACAUUAUAGAAUAUAUUAUAAAUGACAGAAUGUUUUAGAAUAUAGGCUUAUAUAUAAUAUGAUCAUAGAUCAUGUUGAAAUACGGACCUCAGAAAGAGAAACGAGUGCACAUAUGGCUGGCCAUAUGCAACUGUACAUACGGCAUGGUCAAUGAUUCAUCCAUUACUCUAGUCUAGGUAAAUGCAGGCAUGAUUGGUAAUCAAUUACUGUGGUAUAGGUAAAUUCAGGAAGGAUUGGUAGUCAAUUACUGUGGUAUAGGUAAAUGCAGGAAGGAUUGGUAAUUGAUUACUGGAGUCUAGGUAAAUGCAGGCAGGAUUGGUAAUCGAUUACUGUAGUCUAAGCCCUUGAUCCUCUCCUCCCCUGGGUCUUGUACAUAGUCUUCUUUACAUCCGUAAUGUGAGACACUAUCCUCAAGCUCACCAGCUGGCCUGGUGACUAUACUGUAAGUGGAAAAGUUGGAAAAUCAGAGGGGGACAUUCCUGUCCUUGUUGUCUGUCUGUCUGUCUGUCUGUCUGUCUGUCUGUCUGUCUGUCUGUCUGUCUGUCUGUCUGUCUGUCUGUCUGUCUGUCUGUCUGUCUGUCUGUCUGUCUGUCUGUCUGUCUGUCUGU